AUAAUUAUUUUCUAAUUUUUCUCAAUUUAAUUCCUAAAAAUUACCUAUAAAAAUAAUUAAAACCUAAUCCUUCUUCACCUUCUUCCUCAAAUCCAUCUCUCUCUAUCUCUCUUCCUCGGAAAUAUUAAUUUCAUUCUCCUCUUUUUUCUCCAGAAAUUAUUCAUCUUUUUUUCACAAAAAUUCUCAUUACCAUAAAACAUAUAACAAUUCUUGUUUUAUUUUCAAGAAAAUCAAGAAAAUGGCGGUGGAUCUUUUAUCGGAAAACUCAAAUAUGAGUCCAAGAAUCUCAUUUUCACGUGACUUUUGUCAAUCAGACGCAAUACCAAUAGAGAAACGUCCCUUGAGAUCAUCAUCAUCAUCAAACUCGAAACCUUCAAGCCUCAACUCAAGCAUAGAUUUCGAUUUCUGCAUUCCCGGCGGCGUUACUUCCGGCGAAAGCUUCGAUCAAGGUUCUUGGUCAGCCGACGAGCUUUUCUCCAACGGCAAAAUCUUACCUACCGAAAUUAAGAAAAAGCCAGAACCGGUUAAAGACUCGCACCAACCCGAACCGAAACCGGUUAAGAGUAAACCGGAUUCAAGAAAACAGAGGAAACAGAACGAGGAACAAGAAGACGACGUGAUAACCACGACGGCGGAGGAGAAGAACAAUACGAAGUCGUUUUGGGGGUUUAAGAGAAGCAGUAGUUUAAACUGUGGAAGCAGCUACGGACGAAGCUUAUGCCCUUUGCCGUUGUUAAACCGGAGUAACUCAACCGGUUCAACAUCGAGUAAACAGAAACAGAGCAGCUCGAGGAAACACACAGAGCAUGUUAAGUUACAGCAGUCUUCAUCGUUGUCUUCUUCAUCUUCGUCUUCGUUGAGUAGUAGCAAUAAUGGUUUCUCGAAACCUCCGUUGAAGAAAAGCUAUGGAGGGUAUAGUUAUGGUAGCCAUGGAGGUAACGGGAUAAGAGUGAGUCCGGUUAUAAACGUUGUCCCUUCUGGGAACUUGUUUGGUUUUGGUUCCAUGUUUUCUUCUGGUAAUGGAAGAGACAAGAACAAGAAGAGAUAAAAAAAGAAUGUAAAGAGUAAGUUUAUGUCUUUUUAUGGGUUUUUUUUACUGUUUGAUUCUGAUUUGUUCUUCUUCUUCAUCUUCUUCUUCUUCUGAAGCUCUCUGAAGAUUUUCUGACAGUGUGUUUUGUGGGGUUCCAUGACAACCCUUUUGAGUUUUUUAUUUUAUUUUUCUUUAGAUUUUAUUAUAAUUUGUUUAGAUUAUGUGGUGUAAUUGUGUUUGUAGUUUGUCUUUAUCAAUGUUUAUAAAAUCUAGAUUUUUUUUUUUUU